UGGUGACGUUACUCUCUGAUAUCGAUAUUUUCUACACAUCACUACACAUUCGAUUGUCGUUUAUGCUCGUGUUCUAUGGACUGUAAUUAAUUCUAUUUGCUCGAUUUGCUCUGUGCCUGCUUGUCGGCCACGUAAUGACAGUGACGUUUCCAAAAAUGUUUUUUUAUUUUGUAGAGAAAAUUCUUCCAAAAAUGGAAAAAAUCGCUAGUCAAUUGUGAUUUUAUUUGUAUAGAAUAGUAAAAGGCAAACAUGGCUGAUCAAAACUUCAAGAACAUCCCGCUAACCUCAGAUUCGCCAAAGAUACCUGAGGACAGACCGACGCCGUUAUCCUUUCAGCAAUUUAACGGCGUCCAUUCUUCGCACUCCUCGCGAAGCUCAUCACCCUCCCUGCGUUCUGGCCAAAUCCCAUCCUCUCAGUUGCCCCCAAGCAGACCCAUUCCACAGACCCAGCUGCCUCCUUCUAGGUCUCCGAUGACGAUGGUCACCCAACAGGUGGCCGGACUCAGCGUGGGCCAAGGCGGGCCCAGCGCGGGUCAAGGUGGGCUCAGUGCGGGUCAGAAUACGCCCAGCAGCGGUCAGAAGUUCAUGACGUCCACGCCGACAAUGCAGAGUCCAGCGGGAGUGAUUCAUAGUAGCAGCUCGCCUUUUUCACCGGUUAUGGGAGGGACUGGUAAUAUGAACAGACAGAACGGGACAAAUCAGAACGCGACGCAAAUUGCACCAGUUAGUUCCCAAAGCUACUUCACUCAACCACCCCCAGGAACGAACCAAACGCCUUCUGCUACAACGUUCCCGAAGACGGCUGUCACGACGUCAUCUCAGUCACUUAGUGUAAACCAACAGACUCUGUCACCCUCAAGUCACGCACCGACAUCUAGUAACGUUCCCCCUAAGCAAAUUCAGAACCCUCCUAGUUUUAGUCAAAGUAGUGCUUUUCCACCACAAGUGUCUAAUACGAAUUUCGCGAAUCAGAGACCUGCGUACGGACAAAGUGCAGGUUUACCUCCAUCUGGUGCUCAAUUGCCUACGAACAGUUUACCAAGACCAGCACAGACUAACCAGUUUGUAGGAAAAAGUAACGCUCCUACACCUAGCUAUGGACAGACACAGAAAUCUGUGCCUCCUAUUACGAAUAACCACAACUACGGCCCAGGUACUGUACCAACAUCGAACUACUACUUAAACCAACCAAAGCAGAUGACGAAUCAUCAAGCAAGCCCGAACAAAAAUGUAUACCCCCCACAGAACGACAACCAGACGAACGCUCAAAACUACGCGAAUUCGAACAACCCCCCGGGGGCGCCGCCUCCGCAGAAGUCCCCUUUCACGACGAACGGGCCCCCACAGCAAUAUGGGUCACAGACAAGCUACACCAACGGGACUUCGCAGGCUCCGUCGCUGCAGAAGACCGGUCUGCACGCGAAUAGGUAUCCUACAGCUGCAGCUAAUGCUAUGCCGACGCCACCUACCGGGAAUGUACAGCAACAGUAUCCGUAUCCUCAGAAGUACCAGCAGCAAGGAACUCACAAUUCGUAUGGAACACAACAGCCGCCUUACCAACAGCAAGUUCAACAACAGCCGCCACAACAGCAAGGCUAUCAACAACAGCAGCAGCAGCAGCAGAAUUUUCAGCAAUACAAAGGAGUAACGCAAACAGGAUUCAAUAAAAUGUGGGGUAUGGAGAGCCACGACUUACUGCAAACGCCCACGAUAUUGCCUCCCAAAACACUAGAUCCACCUAGGAUCGUAUUAGGUCAAUCAGCUAUGGAUGAUGCUAAUUGUAGUCCGGAUAUAUUUAGGUGUACAUUGACGAAAAUCCCAGAGAACAACAAUCUGCUCCAGAAAUCUCGGUUGCCUCUCGGCGUGCUGAUUCACCCAUUUAAAGACCUCAGUCAUCUGCCAGUCAUACAGUGUAACGUGAUUGUUAGGUGCAGAGCGUGCCGGACUUAUAUAAACCCGUUUGUGUUCUUCGUUGAUAGUAAAAGGUGGAAAUGUAACUUGUGCUACAGGGUGAACGAACUACCCGAAGAGUUCCAGUACGAUCCUGUGACCAAAACGUACGGUGACCCUUCUCGUCGACCAGAAAUAAAAUCGAGUACCUUAGAGUACAUAGCACCCGCUGAGUAUAUGCUGAGACCUCCUCAACCCGCAGUGUACCUCUAUUUACUGGACGUUUCUAGAUUAGCGGUGGAAAGCGGAUACUUGGACAUUAUGUGUGAGAUUUUGCAGCAGGAGAUACCGAAUAUACCAGGUGAUGCGCGAACGCAAAUCGGCUUCAUAUGCUACGAUUCUGCGUUGCAUUUUUACGCCCUGCCUGAGGACGCAUCUCGACCCCACGAGAUGACUGUACUUGAUAUCGAUGAGGUUUUCUUACCUACACCCGAUAAUUUGUUAGUCAACCUCAAAGAUAAAAGGGAAAUGGUCCGUGAAUUAUUGGAGCAACUACCACACAGGUACGCGAAUACGUACGACUCGAACUCCGCCCUAGGAGCCGCCUUGCAGGCUGCCUUCAAACUGAUGGGCGCUACCGGAGGUCGAGUGACAGUGUUCCAAGCGUCGCUGCCGAACGUGGGGCCCGGGGCGCUGGUAGCCCGCGAGGACCCCCUCGUCGCACGUGGACACGCAGCUCCUCAAUCCGGCCAAUGA